AUGGCGACUCGCGACGAUUCAAGCCCGUCCUCGCCACCAGGUACACCCCCAACCACCAGCAUUACGCCGCCAACCAGAGGCCCCGACACUCCCAGUCGCGGUGUUAGUUUGACACUACAGCACCCGAUUGUGUGUAGAUGGCGGACUGCCCGGUACCACGAUCAAGAGUGUUCACGCUACUUCGAUUGUCCUUCUCACGUUGUCGAGCGGGCGCUAUCGGACAGUGAACAAGAACGGGAAGAGGAGCCCGGCGGAGAUCACCACCAAGAGGAAGAUAUAGAGUCGGGAGUUUCUGCGGAGCGGGCGGGCCCGGGCGCUGUGUCUCCAUCGAGUGAUGAGGAGUCCGGUGGAGUUGGCCAGCGAGCUCGAUCCCCUUCGCCAGGCCUCCCGACGGCGCGGUACGAGACGGCGGGUGCGAGUGCGAGUACGCGGAGUGGUGAGCCAUCGGGACAGACACCAGGACGACAAGGUCAAGCGGGAGAGUCCGCCGAGCAUCUCAUACUGUCGAGUGAUGGCUCGCCCGUACUGCCACCCAGACGAGUCGAAUCCGAAAGACCGGCAGCGAGCGCGCCCCACGAGCCCAACAGUGAUAGGGAAAUUCCUACAUUAUCUCCUUUGAGUCUGGCACGGAGACGCAGUGUGACUGCCCCCAGGUUCCAGGCUGCGAAUCAGCCAGCAACCCCUAGCACCCCUGCACAAACUUCGGCGCCGGGCCCGUCAACUGUUCAGCCCACGGUGACCGAGGGGAGACGCCCUUCAGAACUUGUGCUGCCGAGGUGGCAGCCGGACGCCGAAGUGACGUAUUGCCCGAUAUGCCACACUCAGUUCAGUAUCUUUGUUCGAAAGCAUCACUGCCGCAAGUGCGGCAGGGUAGUGUGCAACUCAUGCUCGCCGCAUCGCAUCACGAUCCCAUAUCAAUACAUUGUACGACCUCCUGGGACGCCUUCGGCUCAGAGACCCGUCUCGCUGCUCGACAGUCAGAUAUGGUACAGCCCAGAGUUCAGUGGUGGUGAGAGGGUCAGGCUAUGUAAUCCAUGCGUUCCCGAUCCCAACACGGCCCCGCCGCAGGCACAACCAGGUCCGGAUAGGGCAGGCGGCAAUCUUGGUCCGACGAUCCAGAGCGAAAAUGCCCCCAUUUCCAACAGGUGGAGUUUCUAUUUUGGCGCCGCAUCUCCAAAUGAUGGGCAUGGCAGGAGCCGGAGCGUUACUAUGCAACCCGGCGCGCCAUCCUCUUCCCGCCCCUCUGGCCAGCACUACCCCCUGAACGCUCAGAGCCGCAUCCUCUCGGGUACUCCGCCUGCCUACUAUCGGCCACCCCCGUCAACCUCCUCCCAGAUCGAGCACAUGUAUCCGAGCAUGGCCGCACGUUACCGGUCAAUGCUGGACGUGCUCGACGGAUCGGGGGGCUCUUCUGCCGGACCAUCUUCAGCCGCGAACCGACGACUUCCGACCACGCCACAGCCUCCACAGAUCGCCGAGGAAGACGAGUGCCCCGUCUGUCACCGCGAACUCCCACCACGCACGCUUGCCAAUUUUGAAGCGCUGCGCGAGUCGCACAUCAACACAUGCAUUGCGACACAUAGCAGGUAUGGAGGUGGCGGCCCGUCGGGGUCCUCUGUAUCGGGCUCGGACGGAGGUGGGGGAUCGCCCUUGCCGGUGCUGCCCAGGCGGACGGGCAUGUUCCCGUACACGGCGACCGAGAAGGACUGCGUCGACUCGGCCGAGUGCACCAUUUGUCUGGAGGAGUUUGAGGUGGGCGUGGCCAUGGCGAGGCUUGAGUGCCUGUGCCGGUUUCAUAGAAGGUGCAUCGCUGCGUGGUGGGAGAGGCAUCCGGGACGAUGUCCCAUGCAUCAGCAUGACGGGUUUGGGUAUUAA